CUGGAGGGGAAGAGACUGCAUCUAGCUUGAAAGGAAAGAUGACGUCGAUGUACAGCAGCCUGCACGACAAUUACGUUUCAAAUAAAGGGAGGACGACCAGCUGUGUGACCCUGGGGGUGGUGUUGGGCUGCCUCACGGUGCUGGGGAUUGUGCUGGCUGUGGUUGUUCUGGAGAGACCACCGACCCCCGAGAACCACGACACCUUUCCGCAGGACGAUGGCGAGGAAACCCCCACGGACCAGUGCAGCAUGAGCCUGGUGGAGAGCAUCCCUGAAGGAUUAGAAUACGACGCCAACGCGACCUUCGGGAUCCCACUGGAGCAAGUCUGGAAAGCUCUCAUCUCCAUGGCAACGACACAAGUGGAAGUGGCAUCUUUCUACUGGACUUUAACAGGGGAGGAUAUCAAUGUUAAUUCUUCUACAGACAUUCCUGGAAAAGACAUCCUGAAAGCACUUGAGGAGCUGCCCUCCAGAAAUGUAUCUGUUCAAGUGGUGACCAGUGUUCCCUCCAUCAGGACAAACUCCACUGAUUUAAAAAUCUUAAAACAAAAAGGAGUUCAGGUGAGGAGUGUGAACUUUGGGCACCUAACAAAAGGCGUCCUACACACCAAGUUCUGGAUCGUUGACAGAAAGCAUGUGUUUAUUGGAAGCGCCAACAUGGACUGGAGGGCGCUGACACAGGUAAAGGAACUGGGAGUGGUGAUCUACAACUGCUCCAGUCUGGCAAAGGACCUCCACAAGAUCUUCCAGUCGUACUGGGUGAUGGGGCAGCCCAACAGCUCCCUGCCACAGCCCUGGCCUGCAAAGUUUGACACUGCCAUCAACAAGCACCACCCCCUGCUGGUGAAAGAGGAUAACAUCUCCAGCAGGCUGUACCUCGCUGGAUCUCCACCAUCGUUCUGUCCUCCAUCGAGGACUCAGGAUCUGGAGGCGAUUAUCUCCACCAUUUCGGAGGCCGAGCAUUUUAUUGAUGUAUCUGUCAUGGAGUACUUCCCCACCACACGCUUUGAAAGGCCUCACAAAUACUGGUCGGUUAUUGACGAUGCCAUCAGGACAGCCGCUUAUGACAGGAAGAUUAAGAUCAGAAUGCUGAUCAGCUGCGGGCGAGACUCCGAUCCAGCCAUGCUGCCUUUUCUUCGGUCUCUGGCUGCAAUAGACUCCCCUCGCCAUCAUAUUAAUGUCCAAAUAAAAUUGUACGUUGUCCCUGUGGGAAAUUAUUCUGAUAUUCCAUAUUCCAGAGUCAACCAUAAUAAAUUCAUGGUGACUGAUAAGGCAGCAUACAUUGGUACCUCCAACUGGGCAGGGGACUACUUUGUGACCACAGCUGGAGUGAGUCUAGUAAUUUCCCAGCACACUAUCCCCCCUGCGUCUACGACGAAGACCCUGCACAGCCAACUUAAGGGCGUCUUUGCCAGAGACUGGCAUUCAGACUUUGCUGUGCACCUGGCUGAUCUUGGGCACAACCCAGACUGUGCACUUUCAACACGACUGAAGCGCUGAUAUAUAUGUCUCUCAUGUGGUUUAAUUCUAUAUUAUACUGUAGGCAUAAUUUUGGCCUUUUAAAAAAAAAAAAUGUUUAGAUUAUAUCCUUGCAAGAAUCAGAAAAUUAUACUGUUUCCUUAACUGUUAUACAGGUAUAUUAUUGAUUGAUUAAUUCCAGAUAUGUCAGAACCAUUGUAUAACUCUAUCUCUGUUAACUUUAGUAUGAAUCUAUGAAUCUAAUACCUAUGUAAAUGCACACACAUAACAAUACACACAGCACACUAAUCCUGUUUAACAGGAUUAGUUUAACAGGUAGGAAGAAAUCAAAAUUAUUUAGUCCUACCCCAUCUCCAAUAUUCCAUAAUUACACUGAUAUCCAUCCGGGUGUUCGAGUCUGAAUUUAUACAACAAAAAAAAAACAUAUCUACAUAUAAAGCAAUGCAGAAAGUAAUCUAAUAUUACUUGAAUGCUAAAUUCUAUUGUUAUAAAUUGACAUUCAGAUAGACUUUCAGAUCCAACUCCACACUGAUACUCCUAUACCAUGCUGCACUCCGUCACCACAACCACCCAAGUCCAGUCUCCCCCACCAGCCCCACGCCCAGCUCCUCAAAAUGAUGAUUUAUGCGAGAGCAGAACCAGGAGGUCCCCGGCCCGGUUGGCCAGCAGAAGACCCCACACCAACACGAGCACCCAGACCCCUGACAGCCACAGCCGUGAGCCGACCCAGGCACCACCCACCCACCUCUCCAGCCCCCGAGACCUCUCCACCCCUGCGACCCCUGGGGCAGGUUGGGGGCGCCUGCCCAACCCGCCCCAGCACAGGCGGACCCCCGCCGACCUGUGUAGACAUCCCAGCAGUGAUGGAGAGCAACAGAGGGAACCAGAGCCAAUCCCUGAGCAGCACCGCCAAGGCUGGCAUGGUUAUAAGAUUAGCAGUGUUUCUUUUACAUAAUGACUAAGUAUUAAGCUUUUCUUUGAAUGUUUAAUAUAUACUAUAUA